UCCCUCCGCCGCCGCCAACCUCUCCCCUCGCCUCCGCCACCCACCUCUCCCCUCGCCGCCGGUCUGCAGCCGUCUGCACCCUCCCCUCCCCUCCACUCAUCACAAGACAAGAGAAGAAGAAAGGACGGCUCUCCCGAUGCCAGAUCCAAUCCUCCUCCCUCCCUCCUCGCCCCGGCUCCCUGCUCCCCUCCCCUUCCAGAUCGCCGCCACCACCUCCCUCCUCCUCCCUCGUCCCUGCUCCCUGCUCCGCCUCGACGGGCCGGUGCACCGCCAUGACCGCAACGAGCCCAAUCCCAUCGCCGAAUCUCGGAACAUCGCCACCACUCCCUGCUCCGCGGCGGCCGAGGCGGCGUAGGAGCUGCGGGACGCGGUGGCGGCCCUCGCCGUGCGCCGCGCCGCCGACGAGAAUGCGCUGCGGCGCCGCGCCGUCGCGCUGGACGCCGACGUCCGCCGCCUACAGGGCUCCCUCGCCCCCCUCGACCCCGCCACGCUCGACGAGUUAGUGCCUCCAAUGUGGUCGACAGUGAGUGCAUCGGGGAUUCGGGGUCGUCUUCAAGAAGGACAAGACCAGGGUCUCCAAUGGACCAGGGGUUUGUGCAGGCCAUCACCAUGGUACGCCGAGGUGCUGCGGGUGUCAAGGAGGACGUCAGUUCUAGCUGCUUAGAUUACUCGAGGCAUGAUUUGAUUCGGUACAAGGGGUUCGUCAUGCCAGGCUCCUCUUUUCUGCUGCUUCCAUGCAACGGUGGUGGCAGCUGUGUUUUUCGGCAUCGGCUACAAAAACAGCCAUGGCAUAAGAAUAAGCUUAUAAGAACCGAGUAGAAUGCUCUAUGUUCACGAGUCACCUUUCUUGUAUGAACGAGCAUCUCAUUUUAACUAGCUGGAGAACAAAAAGCAUGGUACUACCUCAAUUUGUGUUAUCAUUCUAAAUAACUAUCCUUUUCUUGAAUGGUCUGUUCAUAAUAUAUUUGCCCCAGUUUUUUUGAUUCUUCUCUAUUGAUUCAUGUUAAAGGGCGACCGAGGAAGGCAUGUUGUCUGUUUUCUUGAAGGCCGUUCUGUUUGUUCCCAGCCCUAACUACGGUUGUCCAGCUAGUUCGGCAUGUUGUUCAUAUCACUAUGGUAGUCCAACGAGUUUGGCAUGUUGUAAGUUUGGCAUGUUCAUGACGGGAGCAGGUGCCAGUUUGUGAUUGCUUGUAAAGCUUGUAAAGUACUGUAUUACACUUGUAGUCAUUACUGUGAUUGCCACUGUAUUACACUUGUACGGAUCUGGUUGCUCUUAUUUGAAGUA